AUGUUGAGCUUUAUAUUUUUCCUUUAUGCAUUAUGCAUAAGAUGUACUUUGGUAAAGGCAGUCUUCUUUGAUGAAGCAUUUGUCAAUGAUUGGCAAUUACAGAAUAUUGGUGAUUACUCCUGUGUUGUGUCUGAUUUUGAUGAUGACCAGUUAAUUGUUUUUUCUGAUUUUGAGGGAAAGACCAUGUUAUCAAUCGUCAAUGAAACUGAUGGUUCUCCAAUGACUAGAUUACAAUUAGAUGUGAAAAUUGUUGACGUUAUGAGAAAUGAGAAUGAUAAAACUAUUAUCAUGGAAGAUUCCAAUGGUGAAUAUAUGACUUUUAAUGCUAUUUUAGGGUUUGGCCCAAUAGCUGAUGGAUUUGUGAAAACUUCAUUUAGAUCUUCAUGCGUUCCGAAUUUGGAAUCAAUUAAGGUUACCAAGGACCAAUUGCAAGUAAUUGACAAGGAUUCCCAUUUAAGUUUAUUUUCUUCUAAAUUACCGAAGGAUUACACUUCUGUCAAGUUUCUUGAAACAGAUCAUGCUGGUAUUUUGAAAGUAAUCUAUGAAAUGAAACCAUCCCAAUACCAAUUUCAAUCGUUUGUAGAUGGAGAAUUGAGUUGUACGUGGGAAAAAGAUGAAUCCUUAAAUGAUAUUACUUCCUAUGCAUUUGUUGAUAUUCCAGACACUUCUGAUAUUGAAGCAUCAAUGGAAUUACUAGAAGAGAGUAAGUUUGAUAACCCAUUGGAUGCUUAUAUUUAUAGAAUAACCACCAAUAUCGAUAGAUUCAGAAAAUUCUUAGCUGUGCAUAAUUACUCUCCAGGUGAUAUCCUUACAGGUAUAUUGUUUAAUGAUAGAAUUGGAAAUGUGGAGGAAAAAUUAAGUAAAAAGGAAAUUCAAUUUGGGUUAUCCAAGCUAUUAGUCGUUGGUACUUCUAACGGUAAAUUGGCAGGUUUGAGCGUUAAAAAUGGAGAAGUUAAAUGGUCAUUGGACACUAAAUUUGGUGAAAUUAUCCAGAUCAGAUGGUCUGAAUCAUCCAAUAGCUUAUUGGUCGUGUAUAAGAAUGGUUCCUAUUCCAUUUACAGUAUUAUUGAUUACCUACAACCAAUUUUAGAGAAGACCCAUAAAUUACAAAAAUCAAUCAAGGAUAUUCAUUAUUUAGAUGGGACCGACAGUUACUAUAUUACCUAUGAUAAUGAUGAAAAGUCUAUUGUGAAAUUUGAAGAAUCAGAAGAGGCAAACACAUCUUCAUUGUUUAUAAUGGAUCAUGAUGAGAAGCAUUUAUUAGGAUAUUCUGUAGGGGAAAAAUCAGACUUCACCCCAACUUGGAAACUAAGAACUGAAGAAAAUGAAGAAAUUGUAGCAUUUGCGUCAAAGGAUAUCUCUCCUAUUGCCAAUAUUGGUACUAUACUGGGUAAUAGAACCGUUCUUUACAAAUAUUUAUACCCAAAUUUGGCAAGUUAUGCAGUAGUUAAUAAAGACUUGAAGGAAUUGUAUAUUAAUGUUAUCGAUACUAUAAGUGGUGAAUUACUGUACACUCAAGUUCACAGUGAUAAUGUCGAUGUUUCCUUCCCAAUAAAUAUGGUCUUCUCUGAGAACUGGAUAGUAUUCAGUUAUUUCAGUGUUGACCCUAUUCCAGAACAAAAAUUGGCUGUAAUUGAGUUAUAUGAAUCUAUUACUCCUGAUGUAAGAGUAUCCGGUGGAGAUACUGAAUUCAGUUCGUUAAAUGGUAGUCCACUUCCAGAAGCUAUUACUAAAUCUUAUUUCUUCCCAGAAAUGAUUAAAAAGAUGUCAGUCAGUAAUACUAAAUAUGGUAUUUCUAGCAAAGCAUUGAUUGUAGAAUUAGAAAAUGGCCAGAUUUCUUAUAUUCCUAAAUUGAUAAUAAGCGCCAGAAGGAAGGAAGAAGAAGAUAUGACUGAUGAUGAAAAGAAUGAAUUCAUGUUAAUUCCAUACUCGAAUAUUAUCCCAGUAAGUGAUGAGUAUGUCAUUAGUCAUAAAAGAAAACUAAUAUUUGGUAAGAAUUCUGAAAUAGUAUCCAUUCCAACUAAUCUGGAAUCAACAACAAUUGUGUGUGAUAUUGGACAUGAUGUUUUCUGUACUAAGAUUUCCCCAUCUACUCAAUUCGAUGUCAUGAGCCCAAGCUUUGAAAAGGGUAAAUUGUUGUUUACUAUCUUUGUGAUGGGUGCAUUACUUUUGGUUUUACGUCCAAAGGUUAAUAUGAAGAAAUUGAAAGCCGUCUGGAUGGUUAGAGAUUGA